UCCAAGCCAAGCCCAAUCAAGGAGAAAUACCGAAUAGCGAAGGAAUACGAGGGAUCUUUUGCGUUUCUUCCUCGGCUAUCUGCAGCGAUCUUUGAACCCUUCCCAAAUUCUUUAUCCCCCCAAUUGACGCCCUUCUCCGAUCACCUGGUCCAAUCCUUCAGUUUACACAAAUCGGUUCCUACUCAUCACUGUGAUUCUUAAAAUUUGAAAUCCUCAAUGGGUAAAAACGAUUUUCUGACACCAAAAGCAAUCGCCAACCGAAUCAAAGCAAAAGGGCUCCAAAAGCUUCGAUGGUAUUGUCAGAUGUGUCAAAAACAAUGUCGAGAUGAGAACGGAUUCAAGUGCCAUUGCAUGAGCGAAGGCCACCAACGUCAAAUGGAAGUUUUUGGUCAAAACCCUAAUCGGAUAGUUGGUGGUUACACCAAUGAAUUUGAAUCCAUGUUCCUUGAGCAUAUGAAACGUAGCCAUAGGUUUAGUCGAAUUGCAGCCACUGUGGUCUACAACGAGUACAUUGCAGACAGACAUCAUGUUCACAUGAAUUCAACUCAAUGGGCUACUUUGACCGAGUUUGUAAAGCAUUUGGGAAAAACAGGAAAGUGUAAGGUCGAAGAGACACCAAAAGGUUGGUUUAUCACAUACAUAGAUAGAGACUCCGAGACACUUUUGAAAGAAAAGUUGAAAAACAAGAGAAUGAAAGCCGAUAUUGUGGAUGAAGAGAAGCAAGAGAGGGAGAUCAAAAGGCAAAUUGAGCGAGCCGAACAAUUAAUGGGGAGUGACAAAGUCUUAGAAAAUGAAGAUGCGAAGUUGUUGUUGAGGUCUGAUAAUGGUGGUGAGAAGAAGAUUAAGCUGAGUAUUGGUUCUUCAAUGAAAAAUGUUAAAGGGGAGGGAAGCUCGAGAUUUGUUUUUGAUGAGGUGGAAAACGUGGAGAAAGUUGAGAAAGACAAGAAACAAAAGACAGGUGGGGGGUCGGCGUUGGAUGAGUUGAUAAGAGAAGAAGAGAAGGCGAAAGAGAGGAGUAACAGGAAAGAUUAUUGGUUGUGUGAGGGUAUUAUUGUAAAAGUGAUGAGUAAAGAUUUGGCUGAGAAAGGUUAUUAUAAGCAAAAGGGUGUGAUUCGUAAGGUGAUUGAUAAGUAUGUUGGUGAAAUUGAGAUGCUUGAGAGUAAACAUAAGUUGAGGGUGGAUCAAGAAGAGCUUGAGACAGUUAUUCCUCAAAUUGGUGGGAUUGUGAGGAUUGUUAAUGGUGCUUAUCGAGGUUCAAAUGCAAGAUUGUUGUCUGUUAACACUGAGAUGUUUUGUGCAAAGGUGCAGAUUGAGAAGGGUGUGUAUGAUGGAAGGGUUAUUCAGGCAAUCGAAUAUGAAGACAUAUGCAAAGUUAUACAGUGAUUUCUAUCAGGUAUGCAUAGUAAGAUCACCUAAUGUUGUUGCUCAAUAGAACCUUCUGUUAUUUUAUUGAAUCUUAUGUGUAAUGAGUAAUGACUGUUAUUAUCAUAAUUUGUUUUGUCUUUUUGUGUUUUAAAUGGCAAAUGUUAAUCAAGAUUCAUAUUUUCUAAAA